AUGCAACUCGGCAUUUUCAACAUCGCCCCCAUCGCUUUCUUUGCGGUACCUUCGUUGGCUUCGAUGCUCGAGGUGUUCCAUGGUGCGUCUUGCGACGAGGAACCCACAGGAAUAACGCAAAUGUUGUACGCAAGCCAUGCUGGAUAUACAUUCUGUGGUACAGCUGAAGAUUACGGCGUCAACCUCGUGGUCCGCUCGGGUGAGGAACCAGACAAUCCAGAUUGGCCGUACUGUGAAUGGUCAUUCUUCAGUGACCCAUUUUGCGAAGAUCUUAUUGUAUCUUUGAAUCCUGAGGGACACACCUGCGCUUGUGCACUCUUGCCUGCUUUCAAAACCUUCAAGAUCGAUUGCUAUGGCGAGCCCUGGAAACGACGAAGACGACAACGACAACGACGGAAUGCUACAAUUCCGUACCUCAGCGAACCGAGCUACGCAAUGAACCAAUCGCUCACUCCUGCACAAGCUUGGGGGAACACCUGCGACAGGCCAAUAACUCCUUUCCGGGUCGGACUGACAUUUGCUAGCGGCCAAAUGCAUCGUAGCGCGGAAACUAUGAUGAUUGACAAGUUUGAAGUGCUCCAACACGGGGAUCCAGAGUUUGUCGGGAAUAUUUUCCACGCUGCACAUCAGGAAAUAUACCCCAUCUUUACCAAUCUCGAGAAACUCUGGAGAGUGCACAGGGUGGUGACAGUUACUGGCCCCCUCAAGACCAAGAUCGAGUUUACACUCACCGCGGCAGAAGGAUAUGCUCUUGGCACAUCCAUCGACGUAAUCAAUCCGGAACGGCUUCCGCGGGUGUUUUACAUAUUGUUUUAUACAAUGCGCCGGCAAGGAAUGAGGGCUGUGAAAUUCCGACUGACUAGUGUUCAUGGUGGUGAUAAUUCACAUACUCCGAUCAUGAGUGUGGUCGUUCGUGUUUUAUCCUCUGUUCCAUGA